UCUGCUUGCCUCGGCUGCAUCGGCCUUCACUCCAGCAUCAACAACCAGCACGGACCUGUUAGCUGCGAAUGGUCUUCUCAAUCUUGCCGUCAACCAGAUUCAACAGGCUUUUCGGGGAAGGCAAGGAGGCUGUACAUUGGCAAAUGUUGCAGUGAGGAGAGAAUGCCAAGGUCAACAUUAACAAAUGCUGAGCGGAAAGCUUACACUGAUGCUGUUCUUUGUCUACAAGCAAAGCCUGCUUUGACUGACCAAACCCUUGUUCCGGGUGCUAAGUCAAGAUACGAUGACUUUGUGUGGACUCACAUCAACCAAACACUUACCAUUCACGGCACAGCCAACUUUCUGUCAUGGCACAGAUACUUCACAUACACUUAUGAACAAGCAUUGCGUGAAGAAUGUGGAUACAGAGGCUCGCAGCCAUACUGGAACUGGGGCAAAACCGCUUUUGAUCCUGUCAACUCACCGGUCUUUGAUGGCUCUGCAUACUCCAUGGGCGGGAAUGGUGUUUAUGAAGCCCACAACUGCACCAACGCUCUCCCAACUGGCUUGAACUGCAUUCCCCCAGGACAGGGAGGUGGCUGCGUUGAGACAGGGCCUUUCAAGAACAUGAGCGUCAACCUUGGACCAGUCGCCCCAACCCUGGCCGUACCUGAAGUUGUAGCAACUGGCCCCGGCACGGCCUACAACCCGAGAUGCCUCAGGAGAGACGUCAGCGUCUGGGUGUCGUCGCAGUGGACCACGGAUAAAAAUUCAUCUGAUCUGAUCACCCAAAACACUGAUAUCGCCUCAUUUCAAACAGCUAUGCAAGGAGACUUUGCGUCAGGCAUCUACGGUGUACACACAGGCGGCCACUUCACCAUUGGUGGUGACCCAGGCGGAGACCUUUUCACAUCCCCAGGAGACCCAGCCUUCUUCCUCCACCACGCACAAAUCGAUCGCACGUGGUGGAUCUGGCAAAACCAAGAUCUUAAGAACAGACAAAACGCCAUCGCUGGAACAAUUACCCUGAAUAACUCCCCACCGAGCAGAAAUGGAACUUUGCAAGAUUACAUUUCGAUGGGUGUCAAUGCUGUUGACAUCCAGAUUGGGGAUGCGAUGAACACUCUCGCUGGUCCUUUUUGCUAUAUUUAUGUUUAGAAGGCGAGGCGUGAGUGAGUCUACUUCUUGGUUGGGUACUCUGCUUGUACAUAGAAAAAAGCAUCAUAAUGUAUAUACAUUUUUAAUCGGAUGAAGAAAUGGAAAUUUCUGCACUGGUACUGCUUGCGCCUCUCAAGCUUGUCUGAACCUUGCUUGAAGUCGUGAUCCACUGUAAGAUCAUAAUGGUUAAAUAAAUCUGGAAGCCUUGGUACAAUGCUUUGCAAGA